AACAUUAACAUCUGAUUAAAACCAUUUCAAGUUCUUAGUUUGCUGGAAGAAUCUCAGUAAAACUUUUAUUUUACAGCUUUACAGCUCAUCACCACGGUGCGCAGAGUGUGUAGUUCUGUGUGUCCUUUAACUGGAGUGCACUCUUCUGCUGACUCUGUGACUUUUCCCUCCCUCCUAUAUAAACGCGGAGCCCCAUCAUCUGCAGUCACUUCUCCACUGACUCGGUCAACAUGAGUUUCACGGCAGAGCAUCACUUCUUCGGGCCGACUUCGUACCGCAAGGCUCGGCCGGUGUCCGUGUCCUCCAGCGGUUUCCGCUCACAGCGCCGCCACCUCACCUAUAGCCAGCCGUCCACCGCUGAGGGUCUGGACGCCUACAACGGAGACGUGAACAGGAAGAGCGAGAAAGAGAUUCUGCAGGCUCUCAACGACCGCUUUGCCGGUUACAUAGAUAAGGUGCGCAACCUGGAGAUGCACAACCACAAUCUGGAGGCAGAAGCCGCGGCUCUGCGCCAGAGCCAGGCAUGGCGCGCCUCCAUUGGGGAGCAGUACGAACAGGAGCUUUGUGACCUGAGGAACACCCUGCAGCAGCUGACCGGAGAGAAAGCCCGAACGGCUCUGGAGCAUGACCACCUGGAGGAGGACAUUCAACAGCUAAGGGCCAGGCUUGAAGAUGAGGCACGUAACCGAGAGGAGCUGGAAGCUGCAGCUAGAGCCAUGAAGAAGUAUGCCGAGGAGUGUCGUCUGGCUCGCCUGGAACUGGACAAGAAGCGGAGAGCCCUGGAGGAGGAGGCAGCCUUUCUCAAGAAGAACCACGAAGAAGAAGUGUCCGAGCUCCUGACUCAGAUUCAGGGAGCGGAGGUGAGCUUCGACAUGAGGGACUCUCUGAAGGCUGACGUUACCAGCGCACUGAGGGAGAUCCGAGCACAGCUGGACAGUCACGCAUCCAAGAGCACCACGCACGCCGAGGAGUGGUUCAACGUGCGUAUGGAUCACCUGUCUGAAACUGCGAGGUCUAACCAGACUGCAAUCCGCACGAUGCAGGAUGAGAUUGCAGACUACCGUCAUCAGCUCCAAAAUUGCACUAUUGAGCUGGAGACCCUCCGAGGAACCAAGGAGUCAUUGGAGAGACAGUGUGUGGAGAGCGAAGACAGACACCAUGAUGAUCUCAACUCACUACAGGAGACCAUUAAUCAGCUGGAUAACGAGCUGAAAACCACCAAAUGGGAGAUGGCCAGCCAGCUAAAGGACUACCAGGACCUUCUGAAUGUGAAGAUGGCCCUGGAUAUUGAGAUUGUAGCUUACAGGAAGUUGUUAGAAGAAGAGGAGAAACGCUUUGUGCUGGGAGGAGGUGUGUACUCCUACCUGGAAGGCAGACUCUCUUCUCACCUGAAGAUGAAAGGAGAGGAGAUCUCAGACACAGUCAUAGUGGAGGAACAGACAGACGAGACCCAGGUGACAGAAGUGGCCAAGGAGGCAGACAAGGAGGAAAAAGAAGAAGAGGAGGAGGAGGAAGAGGGAAAAGAAGAAGAAACUAAAGAUGAGGGAGAGGAAGAGGAAGGCCAGGAGAAAGAAGAUAAGGAGGUUGAGGAAGAGGUAGAGGAAGAAAUAAAAGAAGAAAAGGAGGAGCAGUGACAAGAAGAAGCAGAUGACAAGAAGGAAAAAGUGGAGGCAGAUGAGUCCGAAUCACCAGAAAAGGCUUCAAAAUCCCCAGAACCAGAAUCUCCUGUCAAAUCCCCAGAAUCUAAAUCUCCACAAAAAUCACCAGAGUCCAAAUCACCAGCUUCUAAAUCACCUGCUAAGUCCCCUGCAGGAGAUGAUUCAAAGUCACCUGCACCAAAGUCACCUAUGUCAAAAUCCCCACCCAGUAAAUCCCCUGAAUCCAAAUCUCCUCGCCCUAAAACCCCAGAACCAAAGUCUCCAGAGGAGAAACCCACCCCUGCCAAAGAUAGUCCUAAAACUGAGAAAAAGGAGGAGAAACCUCAGCUCAAGGAAGAUAAGAAAGAAAAAGAAAAGCCUGUAAAGGAGGAGAAGAUGGAGACACCCAAGGUGAAAGACCCAGAGGAGAAAGCAGACAAAGAUGACUCAAAGGAGAGCAAAGAGGAAGCUACAAAAAAGGAUGAAGCUUCAAAAACUGCUCCCAGCAAGCCUGCAGAAGACAAAACCACCCCAAAGCCUGAGGCUAAAGAAAGAAGUGCGUCUGCCAAGGAGGCGAAGGAGGAGAAGCCCGCUGCUCCAAAAGCAGAGAAGGCAGAACCUGAAGUAAAGCUUGCCUCUAAGGUAGAACCAGAGAAAAAAGAGAACAAGGCUGGAGAGAAGGAGUCUGAGAAGCCAGCACCUAAAGCUGAGCCUGAAAAGGCAGAGACAAAAAAAAAAAAGGAAAACAGAUCUGCAAAACUAUCUCCUGAAAAAACAGACACGAAAAAAGAGGAGAAACCCAUUCCCAAAGCUGAGCCUGAAAAAACAGAGGUGAAAAAGGAGGAAAAGCCUGCUCCUAAAGCUGAGUCUGACAAAGCAGAGAGCAAAAAAGAUGACAAGAAGACAGAGGAGAAAAAGGACACGAGUAAAGAAGAGAGCAAGGCGGUGAAGGAUGCAGGAAAGGCAGAAAAAUCUUCUGGCAUCAAAGGAGACACAGGAGGAGAAGACCAAGAAGUAAAAGUAAGAAGCUGUGGUGGAGAUACCAAAGAACUUCUGAGGGUGGGCAGGGUAGAGACAGUAGAGACACUGUAGUGUUUCAAUAAUGCAGGUAAUGGUAUGUAAGCAAUAGUGCUUUCUGUAGCAAAUAAUCCCCCGCUGCCCAUGUAUGACCAUGACUCCCCCUGUCAUGUCUCUGUUUCCGUGUUUUCCUGUUGUCCUUAUGGGGUAAUCUUUGGGAUCACACUCACCUGUUGGUAAUUAGCUUCACUUGUGUCACCUGGUGUUCCCUGUGUAUAUAUACCCCUCUCCCUCA